CUCGACACCACUUGCGACCAUGUCAAAGCCAGAAUACGUGACCCUCGACACGUCAGUCGGGUCCUUCACUGUCGAGCUGUACACUGCGCACGCGCCAAAGACGUGUGCCAACUUCUCCAAGCUCGCCGAACGGGGGUACUACAAUGGUGUUGUGUUCCACCGCGUCAUCCCCGGAUUCAUGAUCCAGGGAGGUGACCCCACGGGUACCGGCCGCGGAGGAACCUCCAUCUACGGCGACAAGUUUGCGGAUGAGAUCCACCCCGAGCUGCGGUUUGUCGGCGCGGGUAUCCUGGCCAUGGCGAACUCGGGGCCUAAUACGAAUGGCUCCCAGUUCUUCAUCACGGCAGCCCCCACGCCGUUCCUCGACGGCAAGCACACGAUCUUCGGCCGCGUCUCGUCCGGUAUGAAGACGGUGCAGCGGCUCGAGGCGGUCCGGACGGACGGCAACGACCGCCCGGUCGAGGACAUCAAGAUCCACAAGGCGCGGCUGGGGGACGGCGGCGCGGGCAACUCGGCGCUCGUGUACCGGGACUAAGUAGGCGGGGUGUGGUGCACCACCACAACGACGACGACGCAGCAGCAGCAGCAGCAUAGAAUGCAGUGUAUACUAGCUAGCUCACGAUACAUGACUG